AUACGAUCAAGAUGGAGAAGGGGAUAGUCUCUUGUCAGACAUCACAGACCAGGUGAAUUCAAUGGAAGGUGGCCAGAUGAAGAUUCAACUGAAAUCCUUUAUACAAAAGUAUAGAGAGAUCAGUGACAAUUCUGAUGCUAUUCGGGAAGAAAGAGACGAAAUCCUCGGAUCAUUAGCUGAUUGGUUUUCUACACAAGGACUCGAGCGGGAAUUUACAACUUUGUCUUUUGAUGAAGAAACAGAAAAUGAAAAUGACAAAUCUCUAAGAGAAAGUUUGAUAUCAUCAAAACUUGGUUUUGAAAAGCUCAAGCGUUUAAAACAGGAGAUAGACGGAAUAAAAGCACGCGGUGGAAAUUCCAGAGAUCUAGAGAGAGAAAAAAACAAAUUGGAAAAGAAUGUUAUAAACCAGUUCAAGAAUUUCCAAAAACAGAAACAGGAGAGAGUAGUGAGUGAGGAAUCGGGGGCGGAUGAUGCUUGGAAGCAUGCUGCGGGAGAGAUAUGUGAACUACUCAAGAAAGUACGUGUCAAGGCAACUGGUGAUGUCGAGGUACUGCAUCAAGAGCUUGAAAGGCUACUGAAGCAUGUGGAACAACAAGUACACGUCGUCGCUAAGCUGAAGGCACAAAUUAAAGAGAAAGACGCAAUCGCGUCGAGUUAUGCUGACGAGAAUAUGUUACUCACAAAAGAUAUAACAGAUCUGACCGCAAAGCUGACGAGGCUGAAGACAGAAUACAAGAAGAUGCGAAUGACUCAACAGCAACAGAAGUACCAAGCGGCAGCACAAUCACCCCAGGACGACUCUGAUACAGUUGCUAUUGAACAGGACGGCUAUGAUGAUGACGACACCACAAAUACCAGAUCUACAUCAAUAAUAUCAACUGGGGGAGAUUCCACCGUGUUGAAGGCGAAAUUGAGAGAUUUCCAGCGACAGCUCGACCAUAUGAAAAAAGAGCGUUUAGAACUUGACCAAGAAUUACACGACACAAAGGGAAAGCUAGCGGAGAGUGAAAUAGUUGUAGAUACGUUAGAACAUGCAAAGAAAGACCUACUUCAGCAACUAAUGGCGGCUUCCAAACCAUCUACAACUAUCCGAUUUAGUGAACGCGUAGAAGGAAGUCACGUGUCAUUGCACUCUAAACCCUCCACUCAUAUGUGCGCAAAAUGUCACGUGGUCGUCAAACAGAGGGAGGCUUCCAUGCACGCGACAAAACGGAUCACGGUCACCCCAUCACCUAGUAAAUCCGACUCACCGCCAGUCAGGAUACCAACUCCAGUGUCCUCUGAUGCUCCAGAAUCUAUUUCGCUACAAUGCGACCAAUACAGGGAACAACUCCAAGCAAUGCAAGCAAAUGUGGAACGCUUGGAGGCUGAGCUCGGGUUAGCACGGUCCGACCAGCGCAGUGACAAUCUGGAGACGAGAGCCCCAUACCCUACCCCUGUUGCUACUGCCGAGGCACGUGUUAAGAUGGUAACCACUGGGAUGCAGACAGAAUGUAUAAUGACCAACUUGGAAAUGGAAAUGAAGCAGACAAAGAUGCAACAUCCGGGAGAGAUGAGCAAACACA